UUAAUUACUGAAUCUCGUAGGCAGCUACAGGAUGCUCUGCCCCAGCUAACCUAACCCUCUGUAAGAAGGUUAGGUAUCUCAUCGGCUAUUGAAGGAUGGACUGCAACUUUUUUCAAGGCAAACAAUCAUUCAUUCAAUAAUGGCUGCCAUGAAUAUGAGUGAGAGUGAAAUCGAGCUUCCCCUCGUAGAUCUGGAUCUGCUAAAUUCAGAGCAGGGCCGUUCAAAACUCACAAAGAUAAUCAGAGAGGCGUGUGAGGAUUGGGGAUUUUUUAACGUGAUAAAUCAUGGAGUGGAUUCAGAUCUUAUCCAGGCGAUUGAUUCAGUUUCUCGCGAUCUAUUUACAUUGCCCGCAGAAAUCAAAGAAAAGGCCGUUUUUUCCACUUACUUUGAUGGCUAUACAGGGCGCUCUGCUGCACUUCCAUACAGGGAGUCCAUGUCUUUCUCUCGCGUAUUGUUUUCUGAUUCAGUCGACAGAAUUUCAGACACUCUGUGGACUCAACGGAAUCCGGAUUUCUGUAAAGCGGUGAAGGAAUACAGUUACAAGGUGGAAGAGCUUGCAAAAACACUUGUCAAGCUUACUGUUAGUAGCUUGGGAUUAGACGUUGCAUUGGAAAAAUCAUUGGAAGGAAAUCUUCGCAUGAACUAUUAUACACCUCCAUUUGCCCAGACCUCAACAUUGCCAUUGAAAGGCCACAAGGAUUUCUCUUGCUUGACAGUUCUAUACCAGGAUCAUAUGGGAGGCCUUGAGGUUCUCACAAAGGAAGGGAUGUGGGCUGCUGUCAAACCUCUAAAAGGUUCAUUUGCUGUGAAUGUUGGGGACUCUUUGGAGAUUUGGAGCAAUUGCAGAUAUAGAAGUGCCGUGCACAGAGUUAAGUAUGGAGGGUGGACUUCCCGACUGUCUCUUGCAUUCUUUAUGCACUUUGCAGAUGAUGAACAAGUUUAUGCACCAGAAGAACUAAUAGAUGAUGAUCAUCCACGACGCCAUAAGGCAUUUUGUUUCAAGGAAUAUAAAGAAUAUAAGCAACGGGUCUUUAAAAAUGAUGGCAUCCCCAAUCCCUUCCGCAUAAGCUUAGACUAAUGUCUUUUGUGUAGUAAAAUGUGCUCUGCCCAAGCUAUCAUGGCACAUAAACAUGCAGAUAGCUCUGGUGCAGGGUUUGUUACUAGUUUUGCUUAUAUGUUGCUCCAAAGAAAUGGGGCAAGUUUUAAAAAUUUGGAGCUAAAUGUGUCAGUCAAAGCACUCCUUGUCUCUUACCAUAUCUUCUCUCCUCCUAUCUAUCCUAUAACAUCUCUACAUUCUACUAUUUGAAUCUUUCAUAUAUGUUGGGGCUUCAUGGGAAUUUAAAAUUGGUAAAGUUUAAAUAGUA